AUGCUGAGGGAUCUCUUGGCCGACACGAAUCCUACCGUCGUGGCCAACGCAGUGGCUGCGCUCACAGAGAUCAGCGAGAGGUCGGACAAUAUCCAACUCAAACUAAACCUCACCAUUGCCAGCAAGCUGGUCAGCGCCCUGCCGGAUUGCUCCGAGUGGGGUCAGACUUACAUUCUAGAGAGCCUCAUGUUCUUUGUGCCGCAAGAUUAUGCAGACGCAGAGAUUCUAGCCGAACGCAUCGCAGUCAGGCUUCAGCACGCCAACUCGGCCGUCGUGCUCACCAGCGUCAAGCUCAUCCUCUACCUCAUGAACUACAUUGCAAGCGCAGAAUUCAGGGAGAGCCUCUGCAAAAAGAUUAGUCCGCCGUUGGGUGAGUGCGGUGCGGUGCGGUGCGGUGCGGUGCGGUGCGGUGCAAAGCGGUGCUGGCGUGUGUGUGCGAAGCGCGCUUUGCUGACCAAGGCGCGCACCCCACAGUCACCCUCCUGUCUUCAGGGCCCGAAGUGCAGUACGUCGCGCUGCGCAACAUUCUCCUCGUCAUUCAGCGCAGACCCAUCGUGCUGCAACACGACGUCAAGGUGUUCUUUUGCAAGUACAAUGAUCCCAUUUACGUCAAGAUGGCCAAACUGGAAAUCAUGUACAGGCUUGCGUCGGAGCGCAAUGUGGAGCAGGUCUUGGCAGAGUUGAGAGAGUAUGCUGCAGAGGUGGACGUGGACUUUGUGAGGAAAGCCGUGCGGAGCAUCGGCAGGCUGGCGAUAAAGAUCGAAUCUACAGCGGACAGGUGCAUCAAGGUGCUGCUGUCGCUCAUCCAGACCAAGGUCAAUUACGUCGUUCAAGAAGCCAUCGUCGUCAUCAAGGACAUUUUCAGAAAGUACCCCGAUCGGUAUGAGAGCAUCAUCAGCGUCUUGUGCGAGAAUCUGGACAGCCUAGACGAGCCCGAAGCGCGAGCAGCCAUGGUGUGGAUCAUUGGGCAGUACGCUGAGCGCAUCGAAAACUCCGACGAGCUGCUCGAAGACUUUUUAUUCACCUUUUUGGACGAGCCGGUAGAAGUGAGUAUUCGAGAUUGUGUGGCGCGCGAAUCGUGGGACGUCAGCUCAAUGCGUGCAUCGUCAAACUCCCUUUACAGGUUCAACUCGCACUGUUGACCGCUACAGUCAAGCUGUUUCUCAAGCGUCCUGCAGCGGGUGGAGAAUUGGUACCGAAAGUGCUCAAGUGGGCUACGGAAGAGGUGGAGAAUCCGGAUCUGCGGGAUCGCGGAUACAUGUACUGGCGUCUGCUCUCGACGGAUCCUGCAGCCGCUCGCGAUGUGGUGCUGUCCAACAAGCCAGCUAUCAGCACAGAGACGGACAGGAUGGACAGGACGCUGCUGGAUCAAUUGCUAUUGCACGGUGCUAGCCUCGCGAGCAUUUUCCAUCGCCAACCGCAGACUUUUAUUAGGGGUAGCAAAGCUCGAUAUCUUCCCGACUCGCCUGCCAUCGAUGAAGCGGCCAAGAAGAGUGCAAGCCGGCACUUGUACUCUCGACCGACGCCUAGGAAUGCCAGUGGAUUGGCAAAUGUUCAAGCUGAAACGGGUGCACGAGCUGCACCAACCCCAGCGCUUCCGCCAAGGUCCACAGACGGCGCAGCGGCGACUGAUGAUGGUCCCGCCACACCUGGGGCGCUCGCGCGCAAUGGAUCAUCCGCCCCGACUGCCUCUGAAGGGGCUACGGCAGAAACGAAUCGCUCCAGCUCGGACGAAGUUCGACGAGGCGAUUCAGCAGAUGGGCCCAGUGGUGCGAAUGGAGAGGCCGAAGAAGAUCCUUAUGCGAUGCUUGGUGAUCUUGGACCGGAAUUUGGAGGUGUCGGAGGCGGCUAUGCUGCAGAUGCGCCUGCACCACGAAGCGGAGUGGACGACUUGUUGGCCUAG